CCGGGAGAUGCUGCCGGUUGAUUUCCGUUACCAUUUCGAGCGCGCGGGUUUGUCGGUUUGAGUUUGUUUCUGGCUCAGAGACUAAGGACGGACCGAGCAAAGCACGGAACACCGAGUAGAGGACAGCCGGGGACGCUCACUCCGCUUCAGAGAUGUCCCUGCUGUGUGUGGGAGUAAAGAAAGCCAAGCUGGAUGGACCCCAAGAAAAGUUCAACACUUACGUGACUCUAAAGGUACAAAAUGUGAAGAGCACAACCAUCGCUGUCAGGGGCAACUUGCCCUGCUGGGAACAAGACUUCAUGUUUGAAAUUAACCGCCUGGACCUGGGUCUGACAGUAGAGGUGUGGAACAAAGGGUUAAUCUGGGACACCAUGGUUGGCUACGUGUGGAUUCCUCUUCACAGCAUCCGACAGUCAAAUGAGGAAGGCCCAGGGGAGUGGCUCACGGUGGACUCCCAAGUCAUCAUGACUGAUAAUGAGAUCUGUGGCACCAAAGAUCCCACUCUGCACUUGGUGCUUCUUGAUACACGCUUUGAACUGCCACUAGAUAUCCCCGAGGAUGAGGCACGCUACUGGGCCAAAAAACUGGAGCAGCUCAAUGCCAUGAGGGACCAAGAUUAUCAGGAGGAACAGGAACGCCCUCUCCGUGUGCCGGGAACCCAGUGCUGUAACUGGAGUCUAUGGGGAGACCAGCAAAAUGAGGACCCAGAUAGUGCUGUGGACGACAGAGACAGUGACUAUCGCAGUGAAACCAGUAACAGCAUCCCCCCUCCCUACUACAGCACAUCGCAGCCCAACGCCUCUGUCCACCAGUAUCCCAUCAGCCAGCAGCAUCGCAGCUCCAGAAGCUUCUGUUAUCCACACUCCAGUAACAACCAGGACCUGGACUACCACCAUCAGAGAACUGUCAGUCCCACGGGGAGCUAUGCAUCAUCCGCAGAGCUCAGUCGGUGCAGCAGUCAGCUGAGUGAGGAAGACUAUGGUGGAGAGUACGGAGAAAGAGACCCUUAUGAUGAGAAUGACUCCUACCAUUCCUGCCACUCCUCUGUCAGCUACAGUAAAGGCUCUCCAGACUGGGACCCUGAUGAGACGCAUACAUACAGUGAUGAGGGCGGCUACAGCAAAGAUGGAGGAGAGGAUGUUGCUCUAUAUGAGGGAGAUGAUGGAGGACUGUAUGAGGGAGAGGAGGAGGGCCUCUAUGAGGAUGAGGAGAUGAUGUAUGAUGACGAUUUGUACAAUUUGGAUGGGACCCUCAGUGAAGACAUGGAGCCACCAUUUACUCCUACUCCAACGUCAACCGCCCCACCAAUGCUUGAUGUACCCAACGCCAGACCUCCUCUGGAGAAACAAUCCUCCAUACACCAACAGCUUCCUGCCAAAACCCCUAACCAGACAUCCAACCAGACUCAUCCUCCUGGCACGGCACCAACAGCGCAGCCACCAACGGGUCAACAAGCAGCCCAACCACCAAAACAAGUGCAGCACCAAACACAACCUCAGCCACAGCCAGCCCCAUCAGCUACUUCCUUCUUCUCAAUGGCCAAACCUCUAACAGCUGCAGUCACAGGCUUGGCUUCCACUUUCCUAUCUUCAGUUCCCAAUGCUCAGCCUGCCCAGUCUCAUCCUCCAGCAUCAACCAUAUCCCAGCAAAACCAGUUAGCUGCCACCAACUCUAUCCCUCCAUCACACCCAGCUACCGUGGUUAACUCAGCUUCCCAACCACCCUCCACUGCCACAGGGCUUCCAUCUCAACAGAUCCCAUCUUCUGUAUCACCUGAAUCCCAUGUCAAAGAUCCCUCCACCACACAGUCAGCCAGACUUGAGGACGAGGCUCCCCAGCAGGAGGAAGACUUGUGGUCAGAAAAGGAAAUAAUGAAGGAGACGGAGGCCCAGUUGCUCCCUGAUCAACAUGAGGAGAUGCUUCCUGUGGAGCAGAACGAAGAGCAUUUUGAAGAAAGUAGACCACUGACACCAGAAGAGCAAAAAGAGAUGCAACCUGAGAGUCCUCCAAUAACAGAGGAGCCAAAAGAGCCAGUAGAUCCAGCAGUCAGAGCUAAAGAGAACUGGCUGAGGCUCUACAACAAGGUCCUGGACCAGCUCAGAGAGGCUCGAGGAGAGACCUCCUGCUCACUGUGGUUUGGUAAAGGAGGAAUGGGAGGUGCGCUCUACAGUAUUGACAGCAUGCCUGACCUCCGCAAAAGGAAAGCUAUUCCUCUCGUCAGAGAUCUGGCUAUGUCUCUAGUUCAGAACUCGCGUAAAGCUGGAAUUACCUCCGCUAUGGCUUCAACCACUCUCGGCAAUGAAGAGCUGAAAAGCCAUGUUUAUAAAAAGACGCUGCAGGCUCUGAUUUACCCCAUUUCUUCCACUACUCCGCACAACUUUGAAGUGUGGACUGCCACCACCCCCACCUACUGCUACGAAUGUGAGGGGCUGCUGUGGGGUAUUGCACGUCAGGGCAUGCGGUGCGCUGAGUGUGGCGUCAAAUGCCACGAAAAGUGCCAGGAUCUGCUUAAUGCCGACUGUCUGCAGAGAGCUGCAGAGAAGAGCUCUAAACACGGUGCAGAAGACCGGACCCAGAACAUCAUCAUGGUCCUGAAAGACCGCAUGAAGAUCAGAGAGAGGAAUAAGCCUGAGAUCUUUGAGCAGAUCCAGGAAGUGUUUGGCCUCGACAAAACAACACAUGCCACUCACAUGAAACAGAUCAAGCAGAGUGUGCUCGAUGGGACCUCAAAGUGGUCAGCGAAGAUUAGCAUCACAGUGGUGUGUGCCCAGGGCCUUCAAGCGAAAGACAAAACAGGCUCCAGUGACCCAUACGUAACCGUUCAAGUUGGGAAGACAAAAAAGAGGACCAAGACUAUUUAUGGCAACCUUAACCCAGUCUGGGACGAGAGCUUUCACUUCGAAUGCCACAACUCCUCUGACCGCAUCAAGGUUCGCGUGUGGGACGAGGACGAUGACAUCAAAUCUCGCGUGAAGCAGAGGUUCAAACGUGAGAGCGAUGACUUCCUGGGUCAAACCAUCAUCGAAGUGCGCACCCUGAGCGGGGAGAUGGACGUCUGGUACAACCUGGACAAGAGAACUGAUAAGUCUGCUGUGUCGGGGGCCAUCCGGAUGCACAUAAGUGUGGAGAUCAAAGGAGAGGAGACUGUGGCUCCUUACCAUGUCCAGUACACCUGUCUGCAUGAGCAUUUGUUUCAAUACACCACGGAGGAUCAAAACAGUGGUGUAGUGAAGAUCCCCGAUGCCAAAGGUGAUGAUGCUUGGAAGGUGUACUUUGAUGAGACUGCACAGGAGAUUGUGGAUGAGUUUGCCAUGAGAUACGGAGUGGAGUCCAUUUACCAGGCCAUGACCCACUUUGCCUGCUUAUCGUCCAAGUACAUGUGCCCUGGAGUGCCAGCUGUGAUGAGCACACUACUCGCCAACAUUAACGCAUAUUACGCCCACACCACCCAGUCCUCUAACAACGUCUCUGCCUCUGACAGAUUCGCUGCAUCAAACUUUGGCAAAGAGAGGUUUGUCAAACUGCUGGAUCAGUUGCACAACUCCCUGAGGAUCGACCUGUCCAUGUAUCGGAAUAAUUUUCCUGCCAGCAGUCCUGAAAGACUUCAAGACCUCAAGUCUACUGUAGAUCUGCUGACAAGCAUCACCUUCUUCAGGAUGAAAGUCCAGGAGCUGCAGAGUCCCCCCAGGGCCAGUCAGGUGGUGAAGGACUGUGUGAAAGCCUGUUUGAACUCCACCUACGAGUACAUUUUCAACAACUGCCACGAUCUCUACAACAGGGAAUAUCAGACAGACCCAUCAAAAGCGGUCCCACCAGACGAGCAGGGUCCCAGCAUCAAAAACCUGGACUUCUGGUCAAAACUGAUCACUCUCAUAGUUUCCAUCAUAGAAGAGGAUAAGAACUCAUACACUCCUUGCCUUAACCAGUUUCCACAAGAACUCAAUGUGGGUAAGAUCAGUGCUGAAGUCAUGUGGAACAUGUUUGCACAAGAUAUGAAAUACGCAAUGGAGGAGCAUGAGAAGCAUCGCCUGUGUAAAAGUGCAGACUAUAUGAACCUACACUUUAAGGUGAAGUGGCUUUACAACGAGUACUGCAAGGAGCUACCUACUUUCCAGAAACAUGUACCAGAAUAUCCAGCCUGGUUUGAGCCAUUUGUCAUCAUGUGGUUGGAUGAAAAUGAGGAAGUGUCCAGAGAUUUUCUCCAUGGAGCCCUGGAGAGGGACAAGAAAGAUGGGUUCCAGGUCACGUCGGAGCAUGCUUUGUUCUCCUGUUCAGUGGUGGACGUCUUCUCUCAGCUCAACCAGAGCUUCGAAAUCAUACGCAAGCUGGAGUGUCCAGACCCUCAGAUUGUUGGCAACUACAUGAAGCGAUUCGCCAAGACUAUUGGCAACGUCCUGCUGUCUUAUGCUGACAUUAUAGCAAAGGACUUUCCAAAUCAUGUCAAAAAAGAAAAAGUGCCAUGUAUAAUCAUCAAUAACAUCCAGCAGCUCAGAGUUCAGCUGGAGAAGAUGUUUGAGGCCAUGGGCGGCAAAGAUCUCAAUGUGGAGGCCAGCGACUUCCUUAAGGAGCUUCAGAACAAAUUGAACAGCGUGAUGGAUGACCUCAGCCGCAUCUUUGCUGUCAGUUUCCAGCCCCAGAUUGAGGAUAACGUGAGGCAAAUGGGGGACAUCCUAGCCCAGGUGAAAGGUCAGACAGUUCCAGCAAAUGGCAGCGUGGUGCAGGAGGCUGACAAUGUCCUGCAACCGAUUAUGGAUUUUUUGGAUAGCAACUUGUCGCUGUUUGCAAAGAUCUGUGAGAAGACAGUUCUGAAAAGAGUGCUGAAGGAGCUGUGGAAACUUGUGAUGAACACGAUGGAAAAAACAAUCGUGCUUCCAACACUUACAGACCAAACUGGCACCCAGAUGAUCUUCAACGCUGCUAAGGAUCUGGGUCAGCUUUCUAAACUCAAGGAGCACAUGGGUCGCGAGGAGGCCAAAGCUCUGACUCCUAAACAGUGUGCUGUCAUAGAACUAGCACUUGAUACAAUUAAGCAAUACUUCCAUGCAGGCGGUGUUGGCCUGAAGAAGACGUUCUUGGAGAAGAGUCCUGAUCUGCAGUCCCUGCGCUACGCCUUGUCUCUGUACACCCAGGCUACAGACAAGCUCAUCAGGAAGUUUGUCCUCUCACAAAGCGCUCAGGUCCAUGGAGGGAAAGGGGUCAGAUACACUGCAAAUGAAGACACCCCACCAGAGAAAGCAUCUGGUGUGGAUGCAGUUGGCGAGGUGGUCAUGCAUGUGGACAUUUUACCCCAGCCCAACGGAGAGCACAAGAUCGGUAUCAAAGUGGUGGCUGCCAAUGACCUGAAAUGGAAAGCGCAGGGCUUCAGGCCCUUUGUGGAAGUCUACAUCAUUGGUCCUCACCUCAGCGACAAGAAAAGAAAAUUUGCCACCAAAUCGAAGAACAACAGCUGGUCUCCAAAGUUCAUCGAGAGCUUCCAGUACUCGUUGGGUGCUGAGGUGGGUCCGGAGAGCUAUGAGCUGCAGGUGUGUGUGAAGGACUACUGCUUUGCCAGAGAGGACCGCACCGUGGGCAUGGCUGUGCUGCAGGUGAAGGACAUAGCCAACAAGGGCAGCAUCACGUGCUGGAUGCCGCUGGGAAGACGUGUGCACAUGGACGAGACGGGCCUGACGGUGCUGCGCAUCCUCUCUCAGCGCAACAACGACGACGUGGCCAAAGAGUUCGUCAAGCUGAAGUCAGACCAGCGCUCGGCUGAAGAGGGCCGCAGCUGAGAGGCGCGGAGGACCAAGAUAAAAGACGUGUGCACAAAAACAGCAGAAACACACCCAACAGAACCAUAGCCCUCACGCCUACAUAGAAA